AACUUUGAACACCGUGAAUCUGGUACAGAAAUCCAUGAAGGUUUGUUAACACUGAUUGAUUGUUUGACAGUUGGCAGUAUUGGGCAGUGGAACAUUCAAAGGGCCUUUACUGUUUUCCUAUUUUGUUUUGUUUUACGUUUUUGUUUAAUUUUAUUUAAUUUGGCGCCAGUCAUCUUGAGCCCAAUUCGAAAGCGGUAGACUGAAUGUCUUGCCCGAAAAUGAGUUCUAAAAGCAGAAAGUCAAGGGAGGUGGUCGAGAACAUAUUGUCGAGCAUGAAGGGAUCCUUUACAACGGAUAAAAUUUUGAAAGAAUUCCGAAAACCGCGCGACAAAGUCGACAAUAAAUUGUGUCUGGCCAUACUGAAGAAUUUGGUUAAGAACAAUCCGAGGGCGAAGAAGCCGUUCGAAGAAAUUACAAACAACUUUGACCAACAUGAUCCGUACGAGUGCUUGGAAAAGUUUCUUAUUGGAUUUUACAAAGAGGAAAUUGCUGCUUCAAAGUCACAAGGACCAUCCAAUCAAACAAGCUCCAGCAAUGGCUCACAGUUCAAAGAACCAUCGCCUGAAACUCGUAAAAGUGGUGGCACCAAGUCCAGUGUACCGGCAUCGAAGGAUCGUAGAUCGGCCGUAUUAUCACCGGAAUUUAGUUCAACGAAAGUUAGUGAUGAUCCGGUCGCCGUUCCAGCUCUGAAUGUAGCUGACAUCAAAAACCGAGUGGUUAAGGCUGCAAUAGACGGUGUGAGCAAAUAUGCGCAAAAUUCGGUUGUGGAUCCUCCGCCCUCUCCAUCGAUAUUUCACGGUUCGAGUGCCAAGAAGAAUUUCUGGUUGCUCGAUGAUACCGACUUAGCAGUGUCGCAGAAUGGUAAAACUAUCAGUGUGCUUGCUACUCCCUUGGCUGAGCAAGAAAGAAUUUUAUUGAAAGAAAUUCUUUACUGCUUGAUCGGCGUUCCUGGCACAUUCAUCAGAGCAGAAACUAUUCACACUACCGGCGAGCCACUACCGACGAUUGCGUUUAACAUUUCAGCAGAGAUCAACGUUUCGUUGCGGGACAUGGCAAUGAAUAUUCUUCCACUGGCCAAUUACUAUUCGCAAGUCCAGCGCUUCAUCUUGAUUGUCUCGUCGGGCGAUUCAGGCCAGAUAUUGCAGUCAUUAGCCGCCACUUUGCGCACACUUACCUACGAUUAUUUCCACACUCUGGUACAACUUGAAGACGACAUAGUGAGAAUGAAUUUGAAUCGGUUACACCAUUGCCUUCGUCCAUCAAUGAGAGCGAUGGCUCUACUGGCUGAAGUGGUUAACGAUAUUGCCAAAUUGGAGAGCAUUGGUGCAAAAGUGUUGAGUAUUUUGUGUGACAAGGUGUCACUCUUCACUGGGGACGCAAUCGGCCAACAAAUUCUCGUUGAUUUAGUCGAAGCUGCUGCAGUGCCCUACUUUGAAACGCUCGAGAGAUGGAUUCUUAAAGGUGUCAUCAUCGAUCCGCAGCGGGAAUUCAUGAUUGAGGAUAAUGAGGUCGAUGGGCUGGCCGAAAUCGAUGACGUUUAUUCGGAUCAGUAUUGGUCGAAGCGAUAUUCCUUGUGCCGUGAUCGAUUGCCAUCGUUCCUGUCCUCUAUGUGCGAACAGAUUCUACGCACCGGGAAAUAUUUGAACGUCAUGCGGCAAUGCAAUUCCAAAUCCGAUACCGAGUGCCAUACCGAGAAGAAGCUACAGUUUUCCGCAUUGAAUCAUCGCAAUCAUCAGUCGUUCAUUGAGAGGGCGUAUCACUUUGCAUCAAACAAAUUGCUGUCGUUGCUGGUCAACGAAAAAGACUUACACGGUCAUCUGCUGUCGAUCAAACGGUACUUUUUGCUGCAACAAGGCGAUUUCAUCAAUCAAUUCAUGGAUGCUGCCGAAGAAGAACUGGAAAAGAAUGUGGAAAAAAUCCAACCGAUAAAAUUGGACAACUUGCUCGGUUUAACGCUACGAACAUCUGUCGCUAAACAUGAUCCGUACAAGGACUACUUAACGUGCCAUUUAUGCACCACCGAACUAACAAAGAUAAUGUCACGCAUCCAUUUGGCCGGUUCGAAUCAAAUGGAAGAAAUCGAAAACAUAGAACUGGUGGGCUACGAAAGUAUUGCCUUUUCGUUCGAUAUUCAAUGGCCCAUGUCGUUGAUAUUACCAUACUCAAUCAUAACACAAUACCAGAUGCUGUUCCGCCUGUUGUUCCAGUGCAAACACGUCGAACGUCGUUUGUGUUCUGCGUGGAUGAGCAACAAAAAUAUUUUAAAAUAUUCGCCGUCAUCCGGUCCCAUGUUUCGAUCGACGUUCCUGUUGCGACAGAGUAUGUUACAUGUCGUACAGAAUUUGGAAUAUUAUUUCAUGGUUGAAGUGAUCGAACCGUACUGGGGCGAAUUUCUGAAGAAAAUGCAAAGCGUUAAGAAUGUCGACGAGGUGAUCGAACAUCACAACGAUUUUGUGGACAAAUGCAUGGUGAACUGUUUGCUGAAAACACCGGAAACGUUGCCAGUGGUUAUCGAUUUGUUCAAAAUGUGUCUACAGUUCAGUGCGUUCAUUGAGAAACAGAAAAGCUUUAAGCCGACCGAAGAAUACUUUAAUACGAUCCGGCAAUUCGAUACAAACUUCAAAGAUUUGAUGGUGGAAUUGUUCAAUCAGAUCAAUGUUGAAUCGUGUCGGUAUCCCACGCACAAGUACAUGAACUUGGUGCAUCGUAUCAAUUUUAAUACAUUUUUCAAUGGAAUUUGUUAAUUGGAAAAGUUUUUUUCUUUUUUUUGUAAUUUAUAAUUAUUGCCCAUGUCACGUUUGUAUGAUGCCAAACGGACUAAAUUUAAGGAUUUUUCAAUUUUGAAAUAAAA